GGUUCCCAACUUACAUUUUGUUCUGAGGUUUUUCCUCCAUUUUAGUUUUGGUUUGUUGUUCCAGAAAUUGAUCAAGGUGGUAAAAAAUGUCUUUUAGUGGGACGGUACAAAAAUGCAAGGCAUGCGAUAAGACGGUUCAUUUCGUUGAAAUGAUUUCGGCUGAUGGAGUCCCGUAUCAUAAGACAUGUUUUAGAUGCGUCCAAUGCAAUGGGAAACUUGUGAUGAGUAGCUACUUUCAAUUGGAUGGAACACUGUAUUGCAAGCCUCACUUUGAUCAAAAGUUCAAGGAGAUGGGAGGCACCUCCAGAAUGCCAUCAUCAAACAGAACAAAUGAAAUGGGAAAGAACCCUAGCAAGCUCGCCAACAAACUCUCUGCCAUGUUCUCGGGUACUCAGGAUAAAUGUGCAGCUUGUAAAAAAACUGUAUAUCCACUAGAAAAGGUAACGGUGGAGGGAGAGUUCUAUCAUAAGCAAUGCUUCAAAUGCGCUCAAGGAGGUUGCAAACUAACGCCGUCUAAUUACGCGGCGUUAGAGGGAACUUUAUUCUGCAAGGCGCAUUUCGCUCAGUUGUUUAAAGAGAAGGGUAAUUAUAAUCACUUUUCAAAGUCGGCAUCCAUGCAGAAGAACUCUGAAUCUGUAGAAAAAGUAGUGGACCAAGUCAUAUCCGAAGAGAACGUAGCUACAGAACCAUCUGGAUAACUAAUUUCAUGAUUUCUACUGGUUAUGACUGAUGUGAAAUUUACAUGUAAUGUGAUGUUACAUAAUGUAUCAUUCAAAAAAGUUUUAUGCUUAAAUAAACAUAUUAACC